GCUAUUGGUUCAUUUUGGUGCAGCAGCCAAUCUGCGUUUACAGUAAAACCCAACACUUCCUGUUUCGGAUUAGGAAACGAUUGCAAUGUAAAUAGAUACAGUAGUGGCUAACGUGAAAUCACUGUAUAUUCAAUCUGAAAUGCCGAAUGAAUUGCAGUGAUUUACGUGAACUGCCAUACCGUUUAUGAGAUGGAGCGCAAGGCCUGAACAUGCCUGUGUCCCUGCUGUGGGCAGUGGAUGUGUAUGGGCGUGUGUACAGCUUGUCCACCAGAGGGCAGCAGUGGGAGCAGUGUCGUGAUGCUGUGUUAGAGUUUAAGAGGGUGACGGCCGUGCAGCAGUGUUGCUGGGGUAUCGCCUGUGACCAUCACAUCUACCUGAAUGUCCACUCUAGUGAUGUUCCCAUACGCUACCAGGAGGAGACAUUCGAGAACCAGCGAUGGAAUCCCUUGGAUAACUUCUCGGAUCGCUUGUUGCCGAGCGACCGCUGGCAGUGGAGUAACAUCACAGGACUGGAACACCAACCCCUUGACAGCUUCUUUCUUCCCUCGUCCAACUGGGAGUGGGAGGGGGACUGGUACAUUGACGAGAACUUUGGAGGAGAGCCCACAGAGAAAGAAGGUUGGACCUAUGCCAUAGACUUCCCUGCCACCUACACCAAAGACAAGAAGUGGAACUCAUGUGUCCGUCGCAGGCGAUGGAUCCGCUACAGGAGGUACAAGGCCACAGACACCUGGGCCAAGAUCCCGUCAGAGGGUCACAGUGGUCCCCUUCCAGACCCCUUUAAUGACAUCAGCUGUGGAGGCUGGGAGAUCAGUGAGGAGCCCAGGGGGAGGUUGUCUCUGUGGGCCGUCUCUCUACAGGGCAAGGUGUGGUUUCGUGAGGGUAUCCACCACCACAGCCCAGAGGGGGAUGGCUGGGAGGAGGUGUCUCUGCCUGGGGAGGUGGUGCAGAUCAGCUGUGGUCCAGGGGACCUUGUCUGGGCCGUGCUCUGGGAGGGACAACUCAUCGUCAGGGAGGGCAUCACCAGAGACUGCCCACGAGGCUCCUCCUGGGUAGUGGUGGACUCUCCCAACCCAGAGGCCGGGGCCAUCCACGUAGCUGUGGGGGACAACGUAGUCUGGGCUGUCACCAAGGACAACAAGGUAUGGUACAGACGUGGCAUCAACUCCUAUAACCCCCGUGGUUCAGGCUGGAUUGGGAUGAUCGGGGAGAUGGUCAUGAUCAACGUGGGUCUCAACGACCAGGUGUGGGGUAUCAGCUGUGAGGACCGAGCAGUGUAUUUCCGUCAGGGUGUGACCUCCAGUGAGUUGAGUGGUAAAGCCUGGAAGGCUGUCAACGUGCCCCGAGACGGAGACAUCAGGUCCCACUCCUCCGCCAGCAGUAGCAGUCUGCACAGUGCUGGUUGUUUCUUCAGUGGAGAGGUGCGAGCACAGUCUGUGAUGAGUGAAGACUCAGACACAAAGAACGGUCCACAGAGGGCAGUCCUAGAAGUAGGGGCCUGUCCCUCCUCCCCUCCCCCCGAUCCCCCUCCCGUUGACGUCCCCAAACCACGCAUCCCCAAGGUCACCAGCGACAGCUUCAUCUCCGAGAUGCUCUCUGACCGCAAGGUCAAACAGGAGGGGGCCACCACUGCCGUCACCGCAGGUCCCUCUAUCCCAGAAGAGGAGGCCUCUCUUCGGGAAGCAGAUGCCAAGUCUCCCCCUCUGGCCCUGGUUCUGUCCCCCAGCCUGUCUGGAGGGCCUGGGGACCCCCAAUGGAGUAACGUGGACCUAGAAGAGACCCAGACUCACCUGGCUGUGGGGCCUGCUGGGGUGAGAGGGGACGCGGCUGACACCUGUAGCCUGUCCUCUGUGGCCACCUACACCCUGUGUCAGGAAGAGCCGUAUGGGGCGGAUGAACAUCCACUCUGGGCAUGGGUCAGUGGAGGAGGCUGUGGUGUGGACUGUCACUCCCAGCUCAACUGGUUCAACUCUGCCACAGCCCUGUCAUCAUCAGUCCAGUCCAUGAGUCUGUCCAUCAGUCCAGCCCAGACAGCUGCCUGGCGGAAACAGAUCUUUGAGCAGCUCAGCGAACGCUCCAAGAGAGAGAUGGACAACUUUAAACACUACGAACAGGCCAUAGAACAGUCCCAGUCUGUGUGGGUGAAGAAAGGGACCAUGCAGUGGUGGAGGGACUGGAAGCCCCAUAAGUGGGUGGACGUGAGGUUUGCCCUGGAGCAGUUCUCAGGACCAGAGGGAAACCAGGAUGGUAUUCUCUUCCUCUACUACAACUUCAACGAGGAGAAGAAGUACCUGCAUGCGUUCAUCAACGAGGUGACUAUCUUGGUGCCGGUGCUGAAUGACUCCAAACACACGUUUGCCAUCUACACAGCAGAGAGGACCAAACAGAGGUGGCCUAUCAGACUGGCUGCUGCCACCGAGCUGGAGAUGCACGACUGGCUGGCCCUGCUGAGUGUGUCGUGCUGUGACUCCCGGGGGAUCCAGGGUCCCCCCUCUAAACAGGCCCUCUGGUCAGUCACCUGUAAAGGAGACGUCUUUGUCUGUGAGCCUUCACCUAGCCUGGAGACCUGUCCCUACCCCACACCCUGCGAUCAGAUGUUCUGGCAUCAGGUGGGGGGCCACCUGCGUCUGGUGGAGUCUAACAGUCUGGGGGUGGUGUGGGGGGUUGGCUACGACCACACUGUCUGGGUCUACACUGGCGGCUAUGGAGGGGGAUUCUUGCAGGGUCUGGCCAGAAGCACAGAUAACAUCUACACCCAGACAGAUGUGAAGUGUGUCUACAUUUAUGAGAACCAGAGGUGGAACCCAGUCACAGGAUAUACCAACAGAGGCCUCCCAACAGACCGUUACAUGUGGAGUGAUGCAACAGGACUGCAGGAGUGUACCAAGGCCAACACCAAGCCUCCAUCCCCUCAUUGGACAUGGGUGGCAGACUGGGCCAUUGACUACGGUAUCUCUGGAGGGACAGACAGAGAGGGUUGGCAAUAUGCAGCUGAUUUCCCAACGUCGUAUCAUGGCCACAAGACCUUGAAGGACUUUGUCCGUCGUAGGCGAUGGGCCAGGAAGUGUAAACUGACCACCACAGGGCCGUGGCAGGAAGUCCCACCCAUCCCGUUGAGUGACGUGACCAUCAUCCCGUGUGGCGCUCAGAGCAUUGUUGAGCCGAUCCCUCUGUGGGCCAUCAGUAACAAGGGAGACGUGCUCUGUAGACUGGGAGUCACCCUACUGACGCCUGCUGGGACGUCAUGGCUCCAUGUGGGCACAGACCAGCCCUUUAAGUCUAUCUCCAUUGGUGGGGCCAGCCAGGUGUGGGCCAUUGCCAGGGAUGGCUCUGCCUUCUACAGGGGCUCCGUGACUGCACAGAGCCCUUCAGGAGACUGCUGGUACCACAUCCCCUCUCCAGUCAGGCAGAAGCUCCAACAGGUGUCUGUAGGGAGGACGUCAGUCUACACAGUGGAUCAACAUGGUAACCUGUGGUUCAGACAGGGCCUGACUCCUAGCUGCCCCCAGGGAUCGUCAUGGGAACACAUCUCCAACAAUGUACGCAAGGUCUCCGUAGGACCUCUGGACCAGGUGUGGAUCAUAGCUGACAAGGUGCAAGGCAGCCACAGUCUGAGCUGUGGGACAGUCUGUCACCGUCUGGGGGUUCAGCCCAUGGAGCCAAAGGGACAGUCGUGGGACUAUGGCAUCGGGGGUGGCUGGGACCACAUCACUGUGAGAGGGAACUCCUUCGAGGCUCCCCGUGUCCGUAUGCCCUCCCUGACACCCUCCCUUACCGCCUCCCUGACGGACCCCCUCCGCACCCAUCCACCCCGCAGACCGCUCUCCUUCAGGAACAUAGAGGAGAACGGGAACGCUGUCAGGUGUUAAACACACACACACGUAGAGUAUUUGCCAGUGGACACUGUAUCUCUGUUCUGUCUUCAGCCCAACUCUCGCUACAAAACAAAAGCCCCAAUGCAACUACUCCACCACCCACACUGUACUGUAGCUCCCAGCUCCAGCCUCACCCUCUAAGUGUCUGAAGUCAAACUCUUCUUCUGUCCAAUCACCUGGUUGUGUUCAAUUACCUUUGAACCCUAGCUCUGUGCCCUCAGCUUGACUCAGCCAAUCACCUUCUCUCUUCACAGCUAGCAGGUCAUGUUCAACAUUUCCCACAUAGAGCACUAGUCAUUUUUAAACUGUGUGACUCAGUCUUCGAACAUUGCAUCAUCGUUAUUUAAAUCUGUGGUCUUAAGAUAACUUUUAGUUUUAUUUAUUGUUAUUUUUUGGUUGAAUGUUUUUUUUUCUGUCUGUAUGUGAAUAGAUGUUUUGUUUGUUAUAUUAGUGAUAGAGUUUUCUGGGGUAUUCAAUGUUAUUGGGCCGAUGUAUGAUUCUGUGAAGGUGGACGAUGUAUGAUUCUGUGAAAGUGGGCGAUGUAUGAUUCUGUGAAAGUGGGCCAUGUAUGAUUCUGUGAAAGUGGGCGAUGUAUGAUUCUGUGAAGGUGGGCGAUCAGUAGUGUUUACUGAUUCUGUUCCAAUAAGUUACUAUACUUCCUACUUUGUACCUGCUGGUAACGUAGAGAUUCCACUGGAGUCACAACAAAAACAUUAAGGGUUUAUUUACCGAGAAUAAUUUAGGUUAUGAAUCCUUUGAUAGCACACGGCGCUUUUACAGUUAUAUGCCUUUCCCCUGAAUGGUUUGUAUCUGUGAUGGCCACAGUGAAGAGUUUGUAUGUCCAUGUUCCUAGGGAGACAGUUUUUUCUAUAGCAUUCUUGUGUUACUCUUGAAAAGAAAGUACAUAUUCUUAUUUUCAUUAAAAAAAAUGUGAAUUGCUUGAAAAAUGAUGUCUUUGAAAGGCUUAAAAGUUCAUUUGUUUGUUUCCCAGGAAAAUAAGAGUUUUAACACUAUAAUCUGCAUAUUUUUCACCUCCUAUGAUUUUAGCAGUAAUGACUGGCAGCCAACACACGUGACUGGCAGCCGACACACGUGACUGGCAGCCAACACACGUGACUGGCAGCCAACACACGUGACUGGCAGCCAACACACGUGACUGGCAGCCAACACACGUGACUGGCAGCCAACACACGUGAAGGGGUUGGUGGAAAGAACAUAUAUAUAUAUAUAUAUAGUUUUUAUAAAUCUGAAUACAAGUAUAGUAUAAAUGUUUUCAUUGUGAUAUUUCAAGGUUGGGUUAUUGUACAUUGAUAUAUAAAAAUCAUAAAAUAUCAGUCAUAUUAAGUAAUAUUUAACUAUUAUCUUUAAACCACAAAGGCUGAAACUAUCACGUUUGGGCAUUCAUUCAUCUUACUGCUGUAACUGAAAGAUGAAGAUCCAAUAGUGACUGAUAUACUGCAACUACAAAUCAUUAAUUGUCCAGAAAACUGUAUAUCUGUGAAUACUGUCACUUUAUCUUCCUAUGGCAGUUCAUAAUACAACAAGUGCAUUGUUUGAUAAUGACACUGAGUACAUACUGCUGUUACUCCAGUACAGGAUUUAUCCUAAAGGAGGGACACAUUACACGUAUGCUUUGGGAUGUGAAGGGGGUACACCAUAGCAUGAAAAUCAGAAGUCUAUCGGAGGACUUUUCUCUUGAGGAUUCCAUUGCUUUUGUUGAUUAUGGUGUAAAAUAGAACACUAUAAGCCGGUACUGUUCCAACUCGAACAAGGGUGUUAUUGAGCUGUAUAUGUCUUCCUUCUAAUAGUGUGCAUGGUCAAUGUCCUCUUAAUAAAUGUGAUUAUUGAUAAG